AUGGUGGCGCCGACGACGACAGAGCCUUCCGGCUCGGCUCCAGACGACGACCCGCCUCUUUUGGCAUCUGCAGACGACGGAGCCCAGAGCUGGCAACCGAGCAACAAUUCUUCGUGGGAUGAUUGGCAGUGGGACUAUAGUGGUCAGCAUAGCUCCGGUUGGGAUUCCUGGGGGAGUCAGAACUGGGGUUCGGGAGACCGAUGGUCCUGGCAGCCAUGGGGUUACUACAACAACUACCGUAGUGCCCAACAGCAUCAGGGAUCCUGGGGUGGCAGCGAUCCUUGGAGUCAGUAUCACCGAAACAAUGAUGUCGAGCACCAAGCACAACGCGAACAAGAUCAGACCUCAGACGAUCAUCCCGCCUCCAACGACCCUUCAAGCACCGAUGAAGUUUCCCAGGACUCGCAGAGGGUUACAGCAUCCACUCAGAUGAGCACCGAGGCAACCAGAACCUUUUCACAUCAGAGCAGGAAUGGCUCCCUGGCUUCGGAAGCUUCUGCCAAGUCGGAUGCAAAAGGUUCUUUCAGCGAAAAGAUGGCGGUUCCUUCUUUUGGCGCAUCAGGGAGUGGGGAUGAGCUAGGUUUGACAGCGCGUUCCUAUCUCAGACAAGUUGAAGCUUGGAGCAAGGUUACACGUACGGCACCGUCGCAGCAAGCACUUCUACUUUAUCAAAACCUUAGCGGUAGAGCAUGGGUUGAGUCUGAAGAGCUCAACGUGGAGGACCUGGCUAGUGAGAGAGGGCUUCAGAUCUUCAAGUCCUGGAUCAGGGAGCGAUAUCAGGAGGUUGAAGUGAGCCGCAUCGCAGAAACGCUCACCCUUUUCUUCAAGAAGAUGAAGAGACAGUCAGGGCAGUCAAUCAGGGAAUUCAACUCGGUUUUCGAUCGUGCACAUUCGAGACUUCUGGAGAUUGAUUGCAAGUUGCCGGAGGUAGCUAGGGCGUGGGCUUACCUGAAUGCUCUCGGGCUUAGCAACACAGAAGAGCUUUCUUUGCUGGCUUCAGUUGGCAAUGACUAUAGCACGGCUAAGUUGCAGAAGGCUGCCAUCCUACAUGAGAAGUCGCUUCGAGGUCCAUGGGUUCCGAAACCUAAGGGCGAAGGUAAAGGGACUAAGAGCACCUUUAUGGCGGUGAUCGAUGAGGACGACGCAACCAGGAACGCCGCAGAGCAUGAUCAAGGUGACGACACCGAGGAACUUCUCUCUGAGGCAGCGGCGGUGGAACUUCAUGAAGCCUAUGUUGCCCAGGAAUCAGCCAAAGCCCGCUAUCGUGAUGUCGUUAAAGCCCGAGGAGUUGACCCCGAAUCCCUUAAGAGAAAGCCUGCUGAUGAGGGAUCUCGACUCCAGCUCGAUGAUCGUUUGGCCCAGGCUAAGCUGCGCAGUUACUGCGCUGGCUGCGGCCGCCGCGGGCAUUGGCACAAAGACCCGGAAUGUCCCAACAAUCAAUCCGGGAACGCUCCUGCUAAGCCCAGGAAUCCGCAGGAUCACCAGGUGCAUGCUACCUCGGUCUGCUCCGGGACGGUUCCUGUAGUUGUCGAGGUCGCCUACAUGGUUGGGGAUCUCGGUGGGGAUCGACUUCUGGCGAUUACAGACACCGCGUGUUCGAAAUCAGUCAUGGGACAGGGUUGGCUUGAGUCGUACGUGAAGCUUGCAAAGGAGGUUGGCAUUGAAGUUCAGUUUUUGGAUUGCCACGAUGAUUUCCGAUUCGGAGCCUCGAAGCUUUUCCAUGCAAGCUACUCGGCCACCAUCAUGAUCCAGAUCAGGAACCGGACUUUUAUGUUGAAGGCCUCCGUGGUCCAAGGUGAAGUCCCUUUGUUAAUGAGUCGCAGUGCUUUGAGCAAGCUUGGGAUGAUCUACGACGUUGAGGAACAUUCGGCAAAGUUCAGGAAUCUUGGGAUUGAGAAGUAUACCCUGUUGACCACUGACAGCGGCCACCCAGCGAUCCCAGUGUCACCGAGACGUGUACCGGGACUCAAGUGGCCUUCGCCCCAACAGUGGGCAGGCUCCGAGGUGAUCAUUGUUCCUUCGGCGGAGUCGCAAUACAUGUCUUAUAUGGUCAACUCUGGUCCGAGUGCGCAUGCAAGUCCAGUCGCUCCUAGCAAUAGCCUGAACAGUGAAGCCCAAACUCCUGCGGAACCUCCAGGACGCAAUCUGUUCUACCCGAAGAAGAUCAAUGAUUGCGUGCGGAAUCUUCUUUGUUGUGAGCCCCUGAAUCCUCAGACCUUUGCCACUUGGUGGAGCAAGACUCCGAUCUCGAAGGACUUUUGGAUUGAAACCCCUAACUCCUUCAUUCGGAUCCACGUUGUUCCCCGACGAGGAUUGUUCGAUCCGACGAAAUGGAUUACAUCGCAAACUGCCGAGAAAUUCGGAGUACAUCCAGUGUCUCAUGCAGUUCGCUUGUCGGUUUGGGGCCCGUCCAUGACCUGUGGCAGAAUCACCUUGAUGCGCAGCAAGACGUUCUUUGGGUUGGCAGGACCGUGUUUUCUCGAGCCUCUAGUAGGCCGUUGCUUUACGGCACCCCGCCUUGUGUUCCGGCGCCUGAACCUCCCGAUGGCCUCCUCAGCGACAACCAAGCCUCUGUGGAAAAUGACAAAGACAGAGCUGACGAGCGAGGCUCUCCGCCUGAACCUCACAAUCCACUCCUCUUGGUCAGUGGGGGAAAUCCGUCAAGUGAUCAUCGAUGCCAAGAAGGACUCCGGAGAGACCUCCAGUGUACCCCGCGGUCUUGCGUCGAUGACUCUCGACCAAUUGAAGUCCCAGGCGCAGGAGCUCGAGAUUCCGGUUCCCCAUCGCGCCACGAAAGGGCAGCUCCAGAUGAUGAUUCGAGAUCUGGUCACGCGGGACAAGGCGGAGGCUGUGGUCACGUUUGGCAGACACCGCGGCAAAUUGUUCAAGGAAGUGCCAUCCCAGUACUUGGAAUGGGCGAUGAAGGAAGUCCAGGCGCGCGGGACGGAAAACUCGGGUCCGGAUCUGGUGAGCUUGGCGAAUUACGCCAAAAGCAUCUUCGAGCCGGAGCCGCAGGUGAUGUACGAUCCGGAGCUGGACCCCAAGGUCCCCUUGCCGUCGGAGAGCAGUUCGUGCUGGGAGAGCCAUUGGUCGGAGCUGACGGAAACAGGGGUGCGGAUGAACCAGAAGGUUGGCUAUCGAGAGGAGGCGGCGCAGCUACCGAAGGCCUCGCCCAAAAAGCGAGCCACAGCGGAGGGAUCUCAGGCGACCCCCGGGAGCAUGGAUCAGGAUGUGCCCAAGGAAGUGAAGGACGAGAUCAAUGCCUUGAUGGGUCGUCUCGCUGCGCUCAAGGACAAACACGGCCUUUAA